AUGUCGAUGAAUUAUAAUUCCUCCACUCCAAUGACGAUUGGUAAUGGUGAAGAUCUUCAAUUGUAUCAAUCAACAUCGCCUAUCGGUGCUGGUACAAUGAUGGCAAGUAAUAGAAAUUCCUAUGUUGAUGAUACUUCGAGUCAAAUUGCUAUCAAUGCCAAUUUGCAACAAGAUGUGCUUGCUGAUAGAGUGAAAGUUAAUAUUCUUGUUAAAAGUAGAGCUAUUUUAUUGAAAACUCUUGCAGAAGAAAGACAAAGAUACUGUAUUUGGAUAUUGAUCAUUGUCAUGUCCAUAUUAUUAACAUUUGUUCCAAGUAUUAUUUCAUUAAUAAUUACCUUGGUAACCAUGGAUCCAGAUGCAGGUCCAAAACUAAUCAGAGUUGGACUUAUUAAUACUUAUUCAAGAGAUUCUAUGUAUGAAACAGCUUAUACCAGUUUUUACAGUUCUUUACGUAAAGACGGUUGCUGUAAUAAGCGUGAUGAUUGGUCUGGUUAUACUAUAGAAUGUCCAAUUGCUGAUUUUAAUUUUCUAUUGAGUUAUCAACAGGGUACAAAUGAAAAUGUGUUGGGUUAUGUUAAUUUAUAUAAUGAAUCUGCAGGUUUACUUGAUAGCGUUUAUCAUCCUUGUAAUAGAGAAACACCUACUAGUUUAUGUAAAACAUCACCUACAUUUAUUAAGGAUAAAUCAAUUGAUCCAAGUGAAAUUUUAAAAUCUAAUUUCAAGUAUAAUGAAACUAUUAAGAAAUUUAAUUCAAUUAUUAAUGUAAAAAAGAGUGAAAAUGUGAAUUCUAAUUUACAAUUAAAUUUAGAAAUAACAUCCUAUUAUAAGCAAGUUUAUAAUCAAUUGAUUUCAUUAAUUCUUAAAACAGUUAUAGAAUCAUUGCCUGAUAGUAAUAUAAAUCCCAUUACUCAUACUACUUUAAGAUUUAAUAACGAUCCUUCAACUAGUUCUCUUAUGGCACUUGGUACUACUGACUUUAUUCCAUUAAUUACAUUAGCCAUUAUUCCUAUUUGCUUAUCUUUAUUAUUCCCUGUUUUUAUUGAUAGUUUUGCACAGGAUAGAUCAGGUGGUAUGAUGGAAAUUAUCGAAUUGUAUGGUAUUACAAGUACUUUACAUGCAGUUGUUAAAACAUGUUUCUUUUAUGGUAUUUAUGUAAUUUAUGUUGUUGCUCAAAUUGUAGUUGGUUUGGCAUUCCAAAAUCCCUUCUUUUUAAAGAAUAAUGCAGGCAUUUAUAUCACCGCAUUACUAAUUUGGGGUAUUACCAUCAUUUCUAUUGCUAAUGUAAUCUCUGUAUUUAAGGUUAAAUCAGGAUAUUUUAUUGGUUUUUGUUUGUUAAUCUUUGGAUUUUUAGGAUCCAUUGUUGCUAUAUUUGUAUUCUCUAAUGGAAUAAUGCCAUAUUAUUUGUUAUUAAUUCCAAGUAUUGCCUUUUUGAGAAUCUUACUCUUGAUGAUUUUGCCAAGUAUGUUAGUUCCUAUUGAAGGAAAUUAUGGUGAACAAGUGGUAAUUGCCUAUGCCUUCUUAAUUGGAGUUACAUUAAUUAUUGCAUUGGCUGUACCAGUUGCAAAUUUAGUAAUCUUGUUAUUUAAAAAAUUAUACAAAUUAUUGAAAGCUAAAAAAUUAUCACAAGAAACAAUGAAAUUGAAGGAUAAUUUCAAUAAGAAUUAUUCCACAGAUGCAGUAGCUACACCACACGAUGUUGAUAAGGUUGCUGAUGAUACUGUUGAAAGAGAAGUUCAAUACGUUUUAAACAAUACAAAUAUGGAAAACAAUGUCAUUGAAGUUAGACAAUUGACUAAAAGAUAUGGAUCAAAGGUUGCUGUCAACAAUGUUACAUUUUGUAUCCCUAGAGGUAUUUGCUUUGGUUUGUUGGGUAACAAUGGUGCUGGUAAAACUACAACUGUUAAUUGUAUUCUUGGUUUGGAAUUUCCAUAUGAAGGAAUUUGUACUUUGUCUGGUAAAGAUAUUAACAGUACAGAUAGCAAUAUUUUAGCUACCAGAAUUGGGUGUGUUCAUCAAUUUGAUAGAUUUUUCGGUAUUACAGUUUUAGAUCAAUUGAAAUUCUUUGCUGCUAUUAAGGGAAUUCCUAGAAAAUUAAUUGAAAAACAUAUUGAUGAAAUUUUGCAAGAUGUUGGUUUGACAGAAGCUAGAAGAAGAAAUUGUAAAGAUUUAUCAGGUGGUAUGCAAAGAAGAUUAUCUUUAGCUAUUGCCAUGAUUGGUAAACCUGAAUUAUUAAUUUUGGACGAAGUUACUGGUGGAUUGGAUCCAUUGAGUGCACAUGGUAUUCAUAUGAUUUUAAAGAAAUAUAUGGAAGAUAAGAAUAGAGCUAUUUUGACAUUGACUCACUCUAUGGAAGAAACUGAAAUUUUGUGUGAUAAAGUUGGUAUUCUCGUUAAUGGUGAAAUGAAAACUAUUGGAACACUUCACGAGUUAAAGACCAAGUAUGGUAAAGGUUACAAGUUAUACGUCCAAACAUCAAGUACAGAAUAUAAUGAAGUUGCUAGAAAUUAUGUUCAAACCUCAUUGGUUGAAAAUGGAAUUCCACCUAAUUUAAUUUCACACAAUGAAACUUUUGCAAACAGAUUGGAAUUUAGAAUUGGUAAUCAUCAAAACGAUAGCAAACAAUUAUUAGAAACUCUAUUCAAAGUAAUGACUAGAAAGGAAGCUAAGCAUGCAUUCAUUGUCGAUUGGACUUGUACAAUGGCAUCAUUGGAAGAAGUUUUUAUUAGAAAAGUUAAAUGGCAAUAUGAAAAUGAUACUGUUCAACAAUAA